AUGAACGCAAGCAACAAGCCGGACCUCAAGCGCUCGCUGACCGCGGCGCGCGGUCAUUACCGCAAUCAGCAAAAGCCCCAACACACUCUCAGUGACCUCGGUGCCUUCCCUCCCACCACCAUGAAGACCAAGAUCGUGUGUACGUUGGGUCCGGCCUCGUCAUCGGAGGAGGUCCUGCGGGAGCUGAUCCUGGCGGGCAUGGACAUGGUGCGCCUCAACUUCUCCCACGGCACCCACGAGGAAAUGGAGGCCAUCUUCUCCACCGUUCGACGCAUCUCCUCCGAGUUCUCCGAGCAGGUGUCGAUCCUGUGCGAUAUCCAGGGACCCAAGAUCCGCACGGGGAAGGUUAAGGAGGCGUUCAACGUGGACGUGGGCGACCACAUCGACGUGACGGCCGACAGCGUGCUCGGUACGCCUGAGUGCGUGCAGAUCAAGUACCCGCACAUGAUGGAGGACCUCGAUGUGGGCGACAAGAUCUUCAUCAACGACGGCAUCGUCAAGCUGCGGGUGGAGGCCAAGAAGGCCCGCAGUCUCGCGUGCGUGGUCGAGGCCGGCGGCCAGAUCUCGGACCACAAGGGCUGCAACAUCCCCAAGGGCAAGCUCUCCCUCAACAUCAUCACCGAGAAGGACAAGAAAGACCUGGAGCUGAUCGCGAAGUUGAACCCCGAGUACGUGGCCGCCUCGUUCAUCGGCAACGGCGCAGACGUGGAGAAGGUGCGAAGCUGUCUGCGGGACUUUGGCAACACGGACGUCAAGAUCAUGGCCAAGGUGGAGAGGCCGGGCGCCCUGGACUGCAUCGACGAAAUCAUCAGCGCCUCCGACGCCAUUAUGGUCGCCCGCGGUGACCUGGGCGUGGAGAUCCCGACGUGGGGCGUGCCCGCCGCGCAGAAGGACAUCGUGCGCAAGUGCAACAGGGAGGGCAAGCCCGUGAUCGUCGCCACCCAGAUGCUGGAGUCGAUGACUCUCGCGCAGCGCCCCACCCGCGCCGAGGCCAGCGACGUAUUCAACGCCGUGCUCGACGGCGCCGACGCUGUGAUGCUCUCCGGCGAGACUUCGGUCGGCAAGUUCCCCGUCAUCUGCGUCAAGACAAUGGACUCGAUCGUGGGGGAGGCGGAGCGAUUUAUGGAGAGUCGCAACCCGGACCACUACGACUCGGCGAACCCGGGCAAUGCCGAGCUGAUGGGCCACGGCUGCUUCACCAUGGCCAAGCAGUUCAACGCCCAGGGCAUCUCCGGCAAGAUCGUCACCAUCGCCACCACCGGCUACAGCACGCGCAUGGUGUCCAAGUACCGCCCCAACAUUCCGAUCCUGGCGUUCACGGCCAACCUGAGGGCGGCCCGCGAGCUCAACGUCGUGUGGGGCGUCCAGAGCAUCUACUCCCCGCUGGUCACUGGCGACUCAGUCGAAGAAAAGGCCCGCAACGCCAUCAAGAUGGGGCUGGAUCUGGACCUGAUCGACAAGAACGACCACGUGAUCGUGGUGGCCAGUUCCCACCUGGCGCCCAGCAGCGGCGUCUUCUCGGGCAUCUACAGCGUCAAUGACCUCCUCGCCGAAGCGCCCGACACCACGCACUAG